CAAGGAACAAACAAAAGGAUUAGGAAACACUCUCAGAUUUUGAUUUUAUUUUUGCCUUCUUUUUCUCCCUGGCUGGGCGACGUCGGCGAAUCUCAGCAGGGCCGCGCUCUGUUUGAGGUAUAGAGGUCUGCGGGGUUGAAUGAAAGGAAAAAUGGCGAGGAUCAAACCUCAAGCUCUGUUGCAACAGAGCAAGAAGAAGAAAGCACCGAGCAGGAUAAGCGGCACCACUAUUCUGUUCUGCGGCUUGAUUGUUGUCCUAGCUCUGUUUUUUCUCUACUCCACCUACACUCACCGCUCCAUAAGGUCCAGCAUCCAAAGGUCUAAUACUGAUUCGGAACUUGAGUUGCAGGAUGAUCAUGUUGUGGAUUUGAGGAAAUAUGAUAUCCCGGGGUACGCGAUCUUUACAACAUCAAAAGGGCCAGUAACUGUGGAACUUUUCAAGGAUAGCUCUCCAGAAAUUGUUGACAAGUUUAUUGAAUUAUGUCAAAAGGAACAUUUCAAGGGAAUGCACUUUCUGCGUGCGAUAAAGCAUUAUGUGAUUCAAGCAGGGAACACUGAUAAUCUUGGCAAUACCGAGGAUUGGACCGUGAAAGGGAAGCAUCACGGGCAACUUCAUGCUAGCCUGAAACAUGAGGCCUUCAUGGUUGGAACUUCCAAGGGAAAACGUGAUGACAAAGAAUUUGACCUUUUCAUCACAACUGCACCAAUCCCAGAUUUGAGUGAGAAGCUGGUAGUUUUUGGCCGGGUUGUGAAGGGUGAAGAUGUUGUUCAGGAAAUCGAAGAGGUGUCUACAGAUGAACACUAUCAACCUAAAAGUCAAAUAGGGAUCAUCAAUGCCAGUCUUAAGCAGGUCUAG